GAGUUAUUAAAUGGAGGUCUUCUCUAGCCAAGAGUUGCUAAGAGAACUAAGCUUUUUCCCUUCUGAAAUAAACUUUUUCACUAAAAGGAUGAAGGAACUCAAACCUGCUGUUCAAAGUGCUCCUGGCUGGAAGUUAUUUGGAAAAGUUCCUCCCAGAGAGAAUCUUCAGAAAGAUUCCAAAAUAAUUCAACAGGAAUAUGAAGCACGAACAGGAAGAAUGUGCAAGCCACCACUUCAGUCAUCAAGACGAAAAAAUAUUGAAUUUGAACCCCUUUCUACCACUGCUCUUAUUCUGGAAGAUAGACCAUCAAAUCUCCCUGCCAAAUCCAUAGAGGAGGCUUUACGUCAUCGACAAGAAUAUGAUGAAAUGGUGGCAGAGGCAAAAAAACGAGAAAUUAAAGAAGCACAUAAAAGGAAAAAAAUAAUGAAAGAACGUUUCAAGCAGGAGGAGAAUAUUGCUAGUGCUAUGGUGAUUUGGAUCAAUGAAAUAUUACCUAACUGGGAAGGCAUGCGUUCUACCCGAAGAGUUCGAGAGCUGUGGUGGCAAGGCUUGCCCCCAAGUGUUCGUGGGAAAGUUUGGAGUCUAGCUGUGGGAAAUGAAUUGAAUAUCACUCCUGAACUAUAUGAAAUCUUCUUAUCCAGAGCAAAGGAACGAUGGAAAAGCUUCAGUGAGACAAGUUCAGAGAAUGAUAUAGAAGAUGCAGGGGCAUCUGCUGCUGAUCGUGAGGCCAGCCUGGAACUAAUUAAGUUGGAUAUAUCCCGAACAUUUCCAUCUCUCUAUAUUUUUCAGAAGGGAGGUCCAUAUCAUGAUCUCCUGCAUAGUGUCUUGGGAGCAUAUACAUGUUACAGACCUGAUGUGGGAUAUGUACAAGGGAUGUCUUUCAUUGCUGCCGUACUCAUUCUCAAUCUGGAAGAGGCAGAUGCUUUCAUUGCCUUUGCUAACCUCCUGAACAAGCCAUGCCAGCUAGCCUUCUUCCGUGUGGAUCACAGCAUGAUGCUGAAAUAUUUUGCAGCUUUUGAAGUUUUCUUUGAAGAAAAUCUCCCUAAACUGUUUCUUCAUUUCAAAUCAUACAAUCUAACUCCAGACAUAUACUUGAUAGACUGGAUCUUCACUCUCUACAGUAAAUCACUACCACUUGAUCUGGCCUGUCGAGUCUGGGACGUCUUUUGUAGAGACGGAGAAGAAUUUUUGUUUAGGACAGGGUUAGGAAUCCUUCGAUUAUAUGAAGAUAUCCUCCUACAAAUGGACUUCAUUCAUAUAGCACAGUUUCUAACAAAACUGCCUGAAGAUAUCACAUCAGAAAAACUUUUUAGUUGUAUUGCAGCUAUUCAGAUGCAGAACAGUAACAAAAAAUGGGCACAGGUGUUUGCCUCACUAAUGAAGGACAACAAAGAAGGAGACAAGAAUCAUAGCCCAGCACUAAAAAGCUAAUCUCCAUAAUUUAGAAGUCAAUUGAAAAUGUAGAAAACCACUUGAUGAAUAAAAAGGAAAUUUCACAGCAUUUUGAUGUGAAAACCACUAGACAAGAGCUUAAACACGAAGAGAGAGACAGUAUUUGACGCUGAAUGGAGUGGCAGAAACUGAUAAAAUUGUCACCAUUUUGCCAGUAUUAGUUUUUUUGUGGGAAGAUUAUUUUCACAAAGACAACAGAAUACUAAAAUUUAUGAAACUGAGAAAGUGGGGGAACACAUUUAAUAUUUUAAAAGAAUCCGCUUAAUGCAAUAAACAUAUUUGUAAUAACUUUUGUUGGUACUUAAAAGUUUGAGACAUAACUUUUUUUACAAAUACCACAAAGGCACUUUUUGGGGGCAAGGAAUGUGAAGGAAAUAUUUAAUAUUAAGGCCCAAAAACUGCUAUCUGAACCAAACACUUUCAUACAAAUAUUACCUCCGAAAUUAAUGAGAUAAAAAAUAUUGUGGACCAAAAGAGUUUGUUUGGUAUGUUUGUGUCAGAUAACAUGAAGCUUUGGUGGGGUACGUCUUAUUUAGCUAUUUAAGUUCAGCUUCAUUCUUCAGUUUAGGCAAAUGUAAUUAACUCAGGAACUGCAAAAGUAUUGUGUGCCCAAUCCUGCUAUAGCAAAAAUCCUACUGGUUUAUGUAGGGGCUACUGUUUGCAGCCCAUAAUCUCUAAAUUUACUUCAAGCCUUUGUUUUCUGAAGUAUUGGUUGUGCAGUUUACAUUGGAUAAGACUUUACAUGGGCAUUCCACACACAGAUUUUGCCACAGGAGGAGUGUUAGCUAGUUGAGGUAUUCAUAAUAAAAUUAAUGGUUCACUUGUAUGUGGUGGUAAACACUAGAAAAACUGACAAGUACUAGUCAUGAUAGUCCUUGUGUGUUUGAAAGAGCACUGACCUUGAAAAUUACAGUCCAGGAAAAAUGCAGACAUGGGAUUAGUUUUCUAAAUUUUUAUAGUGUGCAAUACUGAAGAAUUCAGAAAGUGCAUUGUUUAAUGAUACUUUGGGGUUAUUUGUUUGAGGUUUUUUUGUUUUUCAUUUUCUACCCGGGAUACAAGAUCAUACUACACACAUCACAAACAGAUAUUUCAACAUUUCCUGUUCUCUGUAAUACUGUAAAACACAAUUUUUGUUCUGGGGGUUGGAAAAUGAAAGAAACAUUUUGCUCUUUCUCAGUCCAUUUUUUAAUGGUAUUUAAUGUAAAUAAAAUGCUUACAUGUGAUUUUUGUAACUGGUCUCUCUGUGAAAUUAAGUCAAAUUAAUCAUUGCCUAUUUUAAAUUUGGGGGGGUUUCAGUUGUCCAGUGUUAACAGAAGUCUGCAUAAUUCAUUUGGGUUAAAGAUUUGAAUUAGUGUGGUGUAACUUUUAUGUUGCUAUCUGGUUUAAAACUACAUUUAAAUAUACUACUCAAACAUGCAAUUUGAAGUUAAAAUGUCUGAGACUUUUCUUAACUUCUGUAUACACUACUGUAAUUGGAUCUAAUUUGUCUUCUAUUUUUGUGUUCUCUUGUACAGUUUUCUUACUUUUCAAGUAUAAACUUGUAUAUAUAAUUGUACAUAGAAGGGAUCUUGCCUUCAUUUAAGACCACUAGUAACAAUUCCUGUGUAAAUAAAACUCAUAGCA